AUGAAGGCGAGUGCCCUCACCGUCACCACAUUUCAGCCUGGGGUGGGCGUCAGGGGUCCCCCGCCGCGCCUGCCUGUCCUGCCCGCCGCGGCCCAACGGGCGGCGCAGAACCCGACACUGAGGUCUCUGCCGCCGCCGGCGCACGUGCUCCUGGCCCCCGCGGCCCAGACCUGGAAGAUGGGAGGACGGCCGGAGGCACUCGUCCGGGAGCCCUGUGACUCCUUGGGCGCCCUGCUAGGAGAGCUCCUGCUCAGCAGGUUUCGGCAGUUCCUUCGCCCGCUCGGGGCUAGGUGUGCAGUGCAGCCCCAGCCACCGAGUGAGGCCCUGUGGGGCCUCCCAAGGGGCGGGCGGGGCAGGGGCUCCCACCAAGUCCAGGAUGAUGCUAAUGUUAGUUGCCUCCCAGGAUCUUCAGCAUUGCAACAUCAAAGGCGUGUGUCAGAGCACUGCCAGCCUUCUCGGUGCCCCUGCUGCUCUGUCCUCCCAGACCUGCCGGGCCAGUCAUUGAACUUCCAGAAUAGUCUUAAGAAGAUUUUGCUCCAUCAGAUGCCUGCCCUGGGGCCCCUGAGGAGAGAUCACUCACAAUCCACCCCGGUCAAGAAGGCCAACCACCACCUAUCCAUCUCAGGCCCCAACGGUACACAGGCUCCCAAGCUCAAGGCUGUGCUCACCCACAACCCCUCAGCAGACAGCUCAGGGCACUGCAGGCGAUGUUGCCCCUUCUGAGUGCGAUUCGCUGAUGAGACCCACCGGGACACAGCCCUCCGCUACUGGGAGCGCAGCUGUGCUGACCUCCCUGUCCAGCAGUCUGGGCUCACCCAGGAGUCACAGGGCCACAUCUCUGACAACACUGCCAUGAAUAGCGGCCUGCCCUUUAUCCCCAGGGCCACCACCCAGAGACCGCAGGGGGACCUCAGAACCUUCCUGGACACCCACAGCAUCCUAGAGCAGGUCAGCAAAUCACCAUGCUCCUUGAGCCAGAAGCUGGCCACCUAUAGCACCCCUCCCCGGAAGUGGGGGUGGCUGGGGCACAGGCUGAAGCCACCCUACUUGCUCAGCUACCGUGAGGGCUUGCAGUGGCCAGGCCCUGUGCCUUUUGCCCUGCCUCCUUGA